AUGAGGGCGACACUCCGUCUCCGGCAGUCCCUCCAAAGACACGUCCUCACGGCACCGUCGCCGUUGAUCCGGGCGCGCGGCCCGACAGCAGCCGCGACUGCUCUCCCGGCUUCCCUGGAGACUGACUUUGCGAUCAUUCCCGACUUCUUCAACGCGACCGACGCACGGCGCUUGCUGGAAGUCGCACUGUGGAAGCUUGAUAGGUCGGAUCCUACACGUAGGAAAAGGAGUAGGAGGGGAGCAGCUGCGCCGGCGGUCGCUGGAACUGCUGAUCCUGCCGGUGACGUUCCCUUGCAAGACCUCUUUUCGGGUAACUACGGUUUCGAGGAGGGCCACUUUGACAGUGUCAUCCACGACUAUCGCGAGUCCCUCCUCACGUCUCUACCCCCAACAGCCGAAUCUUCCCUCGCCGCAAUCCUCUCACGCCUGUACUCCCUCGUCCCUUCCAUCCCCCUCAUCCCAAAUGCUACCCUAGCGGACCUACCACCAAAAUCCUCUUCCACCCACGUGCUCCACCUGGCUCCUCACGGCGCCAUUUUGCCGCAUCUCGACAACCUCGAUGCCAUGGGCGAGACUAUCGUCGGCGCCUCGCUUGGCGCACCCAGAGUGUUGAGGCUGGAGAAGGAGAAGGGCGAAGACAUUGGCAGUGGAUGGGAUGUGUAUAUCCCCAGUGGGUCGGUUUACAUCCAGAAGGGAGUGGUGAGGUAUGGUUACAAGCACUCUAUUCUUGGGUAUGACCACGAAGGAAGCGUGUGGGAGGGCAAGAGGCUCGUUCCCGGUCAUCGGGUCAGCUUUAUGGUUAGAGUAAGUGCUAGGAACUGGGUAGCGUUAACGGGACAGGAUGCUCCGAGCAAGCCCAUGGCAGCGUUGUGA